AAGGAAGGAAGGUGUAGCCUCUCUCCAAGAUGGCGACGACCAUAGACAACAGCAAUGCCGUACAGGCGACAAAGAAAAAGCAUCUCGGCAUCCCUGAAGCUGUGUUUGUGGAGGAUGUCGACUCUUUCAUGAAACAGCCUGGCAAUGAGACAGCAGACGCAGUGCUGAGGAAGCUGGAUGAGCAAUACCAGAAAUACAAAUACAUGGAGCUCAACCUGUCUCAGAAAAAACUUAGGUUGAAAAAUCAGAUUCCACAAAUAACACAGACGUUAGAAAUCUUACGACACAUGCAGAAGAAAAAGGAGACCACAGAGCCCAUGGAAACACACUUCUUACUGGCAGAUAAUGUUUACUGCAAGGCCUUGGUACCGCCCACUGAAAAAGUUUGCCUAUGGUUAGGGGCUAACGUCAUGUUAGAAUACGACAUCGAUGAAGCCCAGGCUCUCCUAGAGAAGAACUUAUCCACAGCAUCUCGUAACCUAGAGACAGUUGAGGAGGAUCUGGAUUUCCUGCGAGACCAGUUCACUACCACUGAAGUCAACAUGGCACGAGUCUACAACUGGGACGUGAAGAGAAGGAGCAAAGAAAACCUCCUCAAAUCUGCAGACAAGUCUUAAUAUCUACAGGAUGGCGUCCACAUCCCUCCCUGCUAAAAACCUUCUCCUUAGUCAAUAAAAAAACCAGACCCUAAUCCCGCCCCCAAAGUCAUCUGUAUGUUCACCCUAGAGCUCAGCACAUAGAGGGCUUAUCUGAAAUAUUUCCAAAGCUGUGCUGGUGAACUUGAUUUGUCAUAUGGAGAGGUCAUCAUAAAAAAAUGACAAUCAAGUCACCUCGUAACUUUGAUAAAUGUUAAAUAUGCCCAUGAAAGGUGAGCUCAAACUUCCACCACUACUGUUUUCUGUUGAUUUGUUACUUUUCAAAGUAUUUUUUCAAGUAAAAAAAAAAGAAAAACAAAGAUGACAAGGCAAUUUUUGUAUUCUUUUUAAUGAGUUGAGUAUGUUUCUGUUAUUCACAUUAUGAGUGAGGGAUCGCUCAUAUCUUCCUUUUCUGCAUCUUCCUUUACUGACCAGGCAUUUGGAGGUUUUUUUUUUUUGUUUGUUUGUUUUUUACCCCCCCAACCUGAAUUUCACUGCAGUAACACUUCUGCUAGAGCUGAUUUACGUUAAAGUGCAGUUGCCAUUCUGCUCAGUAGAGUCAGUGUUGUAGGAUGAUAAAGACCUCAACAGAGGGAGAGUAGUGUCGAGUAAAGCCAGUUUUGUUUUGUGGCUCCGGUUUUCACUUAAUACAGGUCUUUGUGGAGGUGAGAGGAUUCUGUUCCUGUUUGUACACUAACCUGUCACUUCUCCUCUGACAUUCAACUCUGCACUUCUUUUCCUUCCUCUGUCCUCCAUCACUCCUUUUGGCCGCUGCUCUGUCUGUAUUUAUUUGUCUCUCACUGUUCUCAUUAAACAAUGAAUGAAGUAAAAGAACAUUUGGGCAAAGACAUAUGACCUGGA